AUGGGCCAGUUAUUCCAGCGUCUGGCUCGCGCGCACCCUGGGCUUGUGUAUGAACUCCGUGAUUAUUUCAGAAAAGUGUAUCCUGCGAAAUAUGUUGCUGUCAAGGUUCUUACAGUCAACGCGACCGCAGAUCACAAAGAUGAAGCUAUCACUCGCCUCCUUCAAGAAACACCAUCCGCCACAUAUGAACCUCGUUUUUCUCCCGAAAUUUCUGCCGAUUCUAUUAUCAAAGUCAAGUCGCAGCCGCUCCUUAAUUUCGGUCCUCGAGAAGACGCGAGCAACCUCGAGUUAGUGAUCUCGCAUUUGAACGACGAUUUCUCAUGCAUCCCAUCAACAGCAAUACCCGCCAAAGAGCACCUACCAGAACAGGUCCAACCCAUUCUCCUCCGUGCGCCAGAAGUUAUUCUUUGUCGCGCGUGGUCUACUCCCAUCGACAUUUGCGCAAUCGAAAGUUGUCCCCGACCAUAUAAUGUCAUGGACGAGCAGGACAUUUUCCCUGCUGCUGCCUUCAUUCGGAGGUGUUUGACUAUUGAUCCCAACACACGACCUACCGCUUUGGAGCUACUAGAUGACGAGUGGCCUAAGAACACGUGA